AUGGCGAAGAGAAAAGUUGAUUCUGAAAACAGAGCCUUUCAAAACCGAUGGGAGGCUGAGUAUAUGUUUACUGACAUUGCCGCUAAACCUGUGUGUCUUAUUUGUGGAGCAAAUGUGGCUGUAAUUAAGGAAUUUAAUCUAAGACGGUACUACGAGACAAAACAUGAAGAUACACUGAAAAACCUGAAUGCAGAGCAGAAGAUACAGAAAGUAGAAGAGUUAAAGGAGAAACUGCAGGCGUUUUUCACCAGAGCAAAAUUACAAAAUGAAGCUGCUGUGAAAGCAAGUUUUAUUGUGGCAGAGGAGAUAGCCAAAUCAGCCCGGCCAUUUAACGAGGGAGAGUUCCUGAAGACCUGCUUGAUGAAGGUGUGCGACGUCAUGUGUCCAGACAAAAAGCAGAUUUGGGCAAAUGUAAGCCUGAGUAGAAAUACGGUUACUGAUCGGGUUUGUGAGAUGGCUACUGAUUUAAGAACACAGUUGAGUGAAAGAAGCAAAGACUUUAUUGCAUACUCUCUUGCUGUGGAUGAAAGUACUGACAUGACGGACACUGCACAGCUGGCCAUCUUCAUCCGUGAAGUUGACUCCAAUUUGCACAUUACAGAGGAAAUAUUGAACAUUAUAUUAAUGCAUGGGACAACGACAGGAAAGGCCAUUUUUGAAAACGUAUGUCGAAGUGUAACUGAGAUGAAACUGCCCUGGGACAAACUAAUUGGACUAACAACAGAUGGAGUACCGGCGAUGUGCGGUGGAAAAAGUGGACUGGUGGGAAGGAUGUGCGUAAAGAUGCAGGAGGAGAACUGUACUGGUGAGUUAACAGCAUAUCACUGCAUCAUACAUCAGGAAGCGCUAUGUGGUAAAGUCCUACAAAUGGAGCAUGUAAUGAGCACUGUAACGCAAACCGUGAACUUUACUCGAGCAAAAGGUUUAAAUCACAGGCAAUUUCAGUCUUUUCUGCAGGAAAUAGAUUCAGAGUUUGCCUACAUUCCUUAUCAUACAGAGGUGCGUUGGCUGAGUCGGAGAAAAGUUCUCAAUAGAGUUUUUGAGCUCAGCCAGGAAAUCUGUCAGUUCAUGGACAGUAAAGGAAAAGACUCCACAGUUUUGCGGGAUGAAAAGUGGAAAUGUGAGUUUGCGUUUCUGGCUUACAUAACAGCUCACCUCAACAUCUUGAACCUUCAGCUCCAGGGACGUGACCGCAUGGUCACUGACAUGUAUGAUGCGGUGAAGGCAUUUAAAGUGAAGCUGCUCUUAUGUGAGACACAUAUGCACCAGUGCAACCUGCCUCACUUUCCCUGUUGCCAAGUAAUGUUGAACCAAGUCGGCGCAACGGUGUUCCCAAAUGCGCACUUUGCUGAUAUACUGAGAGCACUGCGCACUGAGUUCACACGGCGCUUUGGUGACUUUGAAGCACAAAAAAAGAAUUUCGAGCUGCUUCGCAACCCAUUUGCCGUCAACGUGGAAACUGUACCCGUACAGAUUCAGAUGGAGAUGAUUGAGCUGCAUUGUAAUGGGACACUAAAAUCAAAGUACGACACCGCAGGGCUCGCACAGUUUAUUCGCUCCAUUCCUGAAGCAAUGCCCCAGCUUCGUCUACAUGCGGCUCACACCUUGAGCAUGUUUGGUAGCACAUAUCUGUGUGAGAAGCUGUUUUCAGUGAUGAAGAUUAACAAAACAGCACACAGGAGUUGUCUCACUGAUAAACACCUGCAGUCCAUCCUGAGAUUCGCCACAACACAGGACCUCACACAAAACCUAAACGAACUUGUUGCCAAAAAAAGAUGCCAAGCAUCCAGCUCUGAAAAAUGGAAUAAGAGCAAAGAAAACUGAAUGUUUUGAUUUGUUGUUAUUUUAACUUUUGCUGAAAAGCACAAAUUGUAUUUAUAUU